AUGGAUCCGGGCCAGGACCGCCAACCGGCCACGAACGGCUACACCAGAGGCCCCAGCACGCGCGUCAAGCCCAUCGUCAACUACGAGGAGAAGCGGCCCUUGGCCGACGUGCGGGCGGACAUCAAGCACGGCGCCGGCCCCAAGACGACCCUCAACGAGCUUGAGGAGCGCAUCAACGACCUCGGCGAGUCAUGGGAGACCGAGUCUCUCUUCGAGGACGCGCUCGAGGACCUGACUGAGGAACGUUUCUCUCCUGACGACCCCGAGGCUUGUACGCAGGAUGAGGCGGUUAAGUUCCGCCAAAUGCUCCGCGCCCUCGGCCCCGAGGAGUUUUGCAGGCGGACGGUCGACUCGGGCGUCAUCACGGCCAAGAAGCUCCUCACGGCCUUUGGCAUCCGCCCACCAGGGUUCCUGGAGGGCCAGCCCGACGAUGCCUAUUUCAGCCUCCUGAGUCUGGCCCUUAGCCGUGAGCUCUCCAAGCGGGCAAAGCUUCUGAAGUACAACUCUGUCGAUGACGCGGUGAGCCUGUUGAAGUCUUCCAAGAACAUCAUCGUCUUGACCGGCGCCGGCAUUUCCACCUCUCUCGGCAUCCCCGACUUCCGCUCCAAGGGCACUGGCCUCUACUCGAAGCUCGAGCAUCUGGGACUCAACGACCCGCAGGAGGUGUUUGACAUCACGGUCUUUAAGCAAGACCCCACCAUCUUCUACACGGUGGCCAAGGACAUCCUCCCAUCCACCGAGCGCUACUCGCCGACCCAUGCCUUCAUCGCCCUCCUCCAGCAGAAGGGCAAGCUCUUGACCAACUACUCGCAGAACAUCGACAACCUCGAGGCCACGGCCGGCAUCAGGCCCGACAAGCUCGUGCAGUGCCACGGCUCGUUCGCGACGGCUAGCUGCGUCAAGUGCGGCUACCAGGUGCCGGGGGAGGCCAUCUUCCCGGACAUGAAGGCCGGCAAGAUUCCCCGCUGCCGCCAGUGCGCCCUGGGCAGCCGGACGACCAACAACAGCCGCAAGCGCAAGAUGGCCAAGGACGGCACCGAGAAGAAGUCGCGACGCAGGCCCGGCGACUACGACAGCAACUCGGACUCGGAGUUCGACCUGCCCACGGCGUCGUGCGGCGUCAUGAAGCCCGACAUCAUCUUCUUCGGCGAGAGCCUGCCCGACUCCUUCUCCAAGCGCCUGACCGAGCACGACCGCGACCUCGUCGACCUCGUCAUCGUCAUCGGCACCAGCCUCAAGGUCGCCCCCGUCUCGGAGCUGGUGCCCUUCCUGCCCCCGCACGUGCCCCAGCUCUACAUCAGCCGCACCGCCGUCGACCACGUCAACUUCGACAUCGACCUGCUCGGCGACUGCGACGUCGUCGUCGCCGAGCUGUGCCGCCGCGCCGGCUGGGACCUGCGCCACGAGAUGGUGCCCCGCGGCCAGGUUGUCGACGUCGGGCUCGCCGACGGGUACCCCAGCCGCCACGUCUUCACGCAGGUGAGCUCCGGUCCCGCCGCCCCGGUGGAGGCCAAGUCCCAGGCCGGCGCGAUGGUCCCCGCGGCCAAGACAUCGGGUCUGAGGGCCCCCGACGCCAUGGUCCAGGGCGGGUUGAUGUACCCGGUUGCAAUGGUCCCGGUCACGAUGGUCCCCGGCGCCAUGUUUCCCGGCCCGAUGUUUCCCGGCGCAGCGUACCCCGCCGCGAUGGUCCCCGGCGGGAUGUACCCCCCGGCGGCCAUGAUCCCCGGUGCGAUGGCCCCAAAGAUGAGGGAUCCCGAGGAACAGAAGAUCCGGAAGACGGGUAGCGUUGUUGUUCCAGAGGCGAAAGCCCCCGGCGCAAAGGCCGCGGAGAAGAGAAUCCGCAAGACGAGCGCGCCCGAGGUGAAGAUCCCGGGGUCGAGAGCCGCCGGGGAGACGAGGAUUCGGAAGUCGAGCACCCCAGAGGCCAAGGUCCCCCCCGGCGCAAAGGCCGCGGAGACCAAGAACCAGAUCACGAGUUUGCCCAAGGCGAAAGUCUGGAAGACAACAAAUGUUCCCGAGGCCAAGGUCCCGAAGAUGAGGGUUCCAGAGGCGAAGGUCUCUAGCAGAAAAGUCGUCGAGACGACGGUGUCCGAGGUGGAGGUCACGGAGUCGAGGAUUACGGCGGCGGACUUCUGA